AUGCUACUGAAGGUUGGGCCAAGCCUGAUGCCCAUCUUCAGGAUGGAGAUCACCGCCUGCCUCAGAAAAUAUGAGCAGGCGACCAAACAAGGUGCUGAAAUGGCCUCACAUGACCUAAAGUACCACAUAAUUAACUCUGAGUACUGCCCUGCCCCCUCUCCGCCCAAGGCCCAGCCCCAACAGCAACAGCAACAACUACUAAUGUUGGAGCCACAACAGCUGCAGCAGUUGCAACAGCUGCAACAACAGCUGCAACAGCCACAACAGCAACAGCCACAACUAGUGCCACAGCUCCCUGCCACAUUCCCUUCCAUUCGGCAGCAGGGCCAACCAGCGGUGACAUCGGUUACCCCCCAGCAGCUGCAAUUGUUGCAGCAACAGUAUCUCCUCAGGAGCCCUUCUACAAGCAGCAUUGGGGUUCCUGCAAACAACACCACCGACCUCAACAUGUCCCUGUUGAUGGACAUGCAGCUGCCGGGCCAAGCCUCCACAGCCUCUACUCCAGCAAAGGCUCCUCCGCAACAAAGUACUACAACACUGCAUACGCCGACCUCUUCAGCGGACUUUUAG